AGACAACAAAAAGAUAUCCGCGAUUUUUCUCGGAGAAGAGAGAGGAAAAUUCUUGAUAGUUUACGCUUUAAAGAAGAACAAAAAAAGGGGGAGAAAAGGGAAAGAAGAGAGAGAAAGGGGAAGGAGAAGGAUAAAGGGUGCUCGAAUCUUCGUCGGAUCGCUUUCGAAUAUCUAAUCAGUUAGGCGUUGGUAGAUUCGAGCUCCGAUUCGGAUCGGAUCGGUGGUCUUCUGGGUGGAAAUGGUGGCAGCUUGGGGAGUCUGCUGAGGGUCGGAAGGUGGUGGGGUUGUUGGGAGCGGGGAUUUGGAUGCAUCUGGUGGAGUAGCGGCGGCUUUUGCGUGGAAGAAUGGCGACCGUGGAGCGGGAUGCGAUUGUGCUUUGGUUUCUAUGUCUGAUCCUGGUGUUCCACCCCGUCGCUAGGGUUCUUGCCAACAUGGAAGGUGAUGCAUUGCAUACUUUACGGACCAACCUCAAUGAUCCCAAUAAUGUGUUGCAAAGUUGGGAUCCAACUCUGGUCAAUCCAUGCACAUGGUUCCAUGUUACAUGUAACAAUGACAAUAGUGUUAUUAGAGUUGAUCUUGGAAAUGCAGCAUUAUCUGGUACAUUGGUCCCCCAGCUUGGUCAGUUAAAAAACCUGCAAUACCUGGAACUGUAUAGCAAUAACAUUAGCGGAACAAUUCCUAGUGAGCUGGGGAAUCUGACAGAGCUGGUGAGUUUGGAUCUGUACUUAAACAAUUUCACCGGGGUGAUACCUGACUCACUGGGAAAUCUUUCAAAACUUCGUUUCCUCCGGCUUAACAACAAUAGUCUGUCGAGUCAUAUUCCUCAAUCAUUAACCAAGAUCAGUACCCUCCAAGUUCUGGAUCUGUCAAACAACAAUCUAUCUGGAGAGGUUCCAUCAACUGGCUCUUUUUCACUAUUCACCCCCAUCAGUUUUAAUAACAAUCCUCUAUUAUGUGGCCCGGGUACAACAAAGCCUUGUCCGGGUUCUCCUCCAUUUUCUCCACCUCCUCCAUAUAAUCCAACACCAGUCUCAUCACCAGGAAAUAGUGCCUCUAGCACUGGUGCAAUUGCUGGGGGAGUUGCUGCAGGUGCUGCUUUGCUGUUUGCUGCACCUGCAAUUGGGUUUGCAUGGUGGCGUCGUCGUAAACCACAAGAACAUUUCUUUGAUGUACCUGCUGAGGAGGAUCCUGAGGUUCAUCUGGGCCAGCUUAAAAGGUUUUCUUUGCGAGAACUGCAAGUUGCAACUGAUGGUUUUAGCAAUAAGAAUAUUCUUGGCAGAGGAGGGUUUGGAAAGGUCUAUAAAGGACGGCUUGCGGAUGGUUCGUUGGUUGCAGUAAAAAGACUAAAAGAAGAGCGCACACCAGGUGGGGAACUUCAGUUUCAGACAGAAGUUGAGAUGAUUAGUAUGGCUGUACAUAGAAACUUGCUCCGUCUUCGUGGGUUUUGCAUGACGCCCACAGAGCGGUUGCUUGUCUAUCCCUAUAUGGCUAAUGGCAGUGUUGCAUCAUGCUUGAGAGAGCGGCCUCCAUCUGAGCCACCACUUUCUUGGGCAGCUCGAAGAAGAAUUGCACUAGGGUCUGCAAGAGGACUGUCUUAUUUGCAUGAUCAUUGUGAUCCAAAGAUUAUUCAUCGUGAUGUCAAAGCUGCAAAUAUUUUGUUGGAUGAAGAGUAUGAGGCAGUUGUAGGAGACUUCGGCUUGGCCAAACUUAUGGACUACAAGGAUACACAUGUAACAACUGCAGUCCGUGGAACAAUUGGGCACAUUGCUCCAGAGUAUCUAUCCACUGGAAAGUCUUCGGAGAAGACUGAUGUUUUUGGCUAUGGAAUCAUGCUUCUCGAGCUCAUUACAGGGCAAAGGGCAUUUGAUCUUGCUCGCCUUGCAAAUGAUGAUGAUGUGAUGUUGCUUGACUGGGUAAAAGGACUCCUGAAAGAGAGAAGGCUGGAGAUGUUGGUUGACCCUGAUCUACAGAACAAUUAUGUAGAAGCUGAGGUGGAGUCGCUCAUACAGGUUGCCCUUCUCUGCACGCAGGGAUCCCCAAUGGACCGGCCAAAAAUGUCAGAAGUGGUGAGAAUGCUCGAAGGCGAUGGCCUUGCCGAGAGAUGGGAGGAAUGGCAGAAAGUCGAGGUGGUACGUCAGGAUGUGGAGAUGGCCCCACAUCGCAACUCCGAAUGGAUCAUUGACUCUACAGACAACCUAAAUGCGGUUGAAUUGUCAGGUCCAAGGUGACCAUCAAAAUGAAUUCAAAAGAUAUUAUUUACAGCUUCUUGGCCCCCUUGUGUCUUCCAUAAGCCCAUCCUGUAUCCAAGUGAAAUUCAUAUAUUUGUGCGUAUGAAUCUCGGGCCAUUGUAUUAUUUGCAGCAAUUUGUUGAUUGUGAAAUGCUCUCUUUUUCCUUUGUGAUGCUGCGUUGCUAGCAACCUUCUUGCGGGUAGCAAAUUGCAGACUUUUAAUUAACAAAGCUCGUUGGUGAUGCACGGUGAGAGCAUUUUGUACUCUGAUGGUUAAUGUAUGAUAAUAUAUAUUGACGGCAAGGGAGAUACUUUGUGCA